ACUAUAUGUUUGGGAAGAGGAUCCAAGUUUUUGGAGUUGAGUAAGACGAAUAAGAAGAAUAGAAGAAAGGGAAGAGAGGAUGGUCCUGCUCUUGGGACUUAUUGUGGAGGUUCAAUUCCAUUUUCUGAAAAUAUGAAUCGAUUGGCUAAGGAGAAAGGGGCGCCUGUGCCGUUGGAUGAGGUUAUCAUCCACACAAAGACAAAGAAGCACAACGACAAGACUUGGGUGGAUUCGGGACAUGCUGAGCUACAGGCCCAAUUCUUCGAACUCCGCGAGGAGGCUAGACAGAAUGGGCUUAAAGUCACCGACAAGGAAAUAUGGUACUCGCUAGUCGAGGGCCAUAACGCGAAGAACUGCAUUUGUGGAGUUGGUGACUACGAGGGGGAAAUGAGGAAGAUCAACCCGUCCUCCAAACCUCGCCGUUCCAGCACUAGUAGCAGUAGCACAGCGGAGAUAGCAGCACUUAAAGAGCAAAAUCAAAGGUUGCAGGAACAAAUUGAUAAUCUAACCUCGAGCUUGUCGCUCACGAUUUAGGAGGAGAUAAGGAAGUUAUAUGGUGGUAACCUUCCUACAUGAGGCAAUGAUGAUGGAACAAGAGGUGUAGGGUUGACACCUU